GCCUGAUGCGCGCAUAGGCUACAUAAGUGGUGGGCUUUGCAGUCUGUGAAGGCAAGUGUAUCACCAUGAUCAACCUUAUAUGGGGAGGAUCUUCAACCUGCUUGGCUGCAUAAAUCAUAAUCAAGAUGAAAACGUGAUCAUAGCGCAUUCGGCAUCGUUCGAGGCAUCGGUAUACCAUUAAGUUCUGACGCGCACGAUAGAACCGUGGACUCCGGGCACGGCUACAGAGGUGGUAGACUGCUAGGCGGAGGCUGGAGGCGAAAACAGACAUAUUUUAAUGUUAUUAAUCAAACUGAUCACAAUGAAGCGCAGAAGGAUUGUGGUUGCGGCAGGCUUCUGUCUUGCCUUCUUCCUUGGUACACUGAUGAAUUUGCUGUAUAUACCAGGGUUUGAGCACCAUCAGAACCACGACCAUAGAGUACAUCGGUACUACCACGAAAAACAGCAGCGGGUUACAGGCGAUUCACAGCUACAAGUCGGCGAGUCAGUCACUGAAGCUGUGGCCGAGUCCAAUAGUAAACCUGCCGUAGGAAGCAGGCAUCAUCAGGACCUUCUGCUGCAGAUACGAGAAAGAUUCGAUGAGGUUGUGCGGUACCGUCAGCGCCAAGCACAUGGGUCUGGCACCGGAGACCCAGUCCGCCAGCUGGAGAGACGGAGGCUCAUGGAUUCAGAGCCAGGGGACAAUUGGGACCCUGUCAAAGUAAUUGAGCGAACCGAUAACCGACAGACGCGUUUUCAAAAUCGACCUUCACCUUCCAUAUACAUGCACACAGCAUCACGGAAAGAUUUCACUAUGACUUUGAGCAGCGUUAACGGUACUCGGAUGCUUGGCUGCAGCAGCAUAGACAACGUGACCAAUGUUCAGUACCUCGGCUCAGGCUACACAAAGGCUGUCUACAAGGCGUCUCUCAACAACAGCUUGUCGGUGGCUCUGAAAUCGGUGGAUUUCGGGGGACACGAUAUGGAAAAUUGCGUAAAGAAAUAUGGUUCACCUGGAGACUGCUACAGACUGGCGUCCUUCAAAAUAGUGAAAGAAAUGACGCUGAUGGAAAGGCUACAGCACCCCAACAUUCUAAAG